UAGUUCAAAUUUGUUACAAUAUAAGCGGAAAAUUACAAACAAGAUGGAUUUUGAUCACUUUACUUUGGUCUCCAAUGAGGUCGUCGAGUUCCCGUCCACCUGGAGAGUCGGCGGGAAAGCUACUCUAGUCGAUUCCUGCGUCGGUACAGAUCCGCCGGCAUUGAAAGUUGAUGCUGAAACAGCGGCGAGCGAGCGUAUAGAAAUUUCGAUUCAGACAGAUGAAUUUCCUCGUCACACAGACGGCGUCACAGUCGAUAACGAGAAACUGUCCUCAUGGCUGAGGAAGAUUUAUCCUCUGGUCGAAGAGGAGUUAUCUAGCGGUAUCACUGAGAUUUGUGAAGACGACUACAGUGACUCUGAUGAGGAACGUUUGAUAGUUCGUAAACACCAGGAUUUGACAAUAAAACUACCGUUGGAAACGAAUGACGGCCGUAAGCUUAAUAUGGGAGCAGCAGCGUGGCUUUCGGUUUUGACACGAAAUGCUCCACUGUUGGUUGUGUCCUGCAGCUCACAUCAUGAGGCUUGGUGUGAGCACACAUUUUCCACAAUUACGGUGUUCAUCCCGACACGUAACUUGUUCAAUUCAGUACAGUGGACUGAGUUAUGCAGUCAUCCCGUCAAGGCGUGCGUUGAGUCCCUGGUGACAAAUCCGUUCAAUAAAGACAUGUUUGCAGGAGGAACUGUUUCAGGAGAUCUAUAUAUUUGGUGUUACGAAAUGACUCUGAAACAUGAACCAAAUUCAUUAUCGGAGCUAUUCUCCGAAACUACCGAUAACGGCCAAAUCGUGGACAUGACGUGGAUCAGGCCCAAUCCAAUGACUAAAGAUUUCGGUUUACUCUCGUGUCACAGCGAUGGAGUAAUUAUUCUUUGGAAAAUAGGAAAGAAUAUUUCCAAAAAUAAAACGUUUCAAAUUCCUACUCUAUCUACAGCCCGUAGCGCACUAAUAUUGACGCGGAUCCUAUCAAUUUCUAAUUCUGAAUUCGUCCUUGGAACAGAGAAUGGUGGCAUUCUGCUCUGCUCGAUGACUCAGUUGAUUCCGAUGGGAGGAACUAGUUCUGGUUCCGGUGCACAAGUCAGAAAGAACUAUUUUGCACCCACCGUGACCGAGUUGAAAUCCCAUUCAUUCGCUGUGACCACCUUACAAAAAAUAGAAAAACCGAAUCAGCAGUUCCUUCUCAGUUGCGACCUAACCGGGGAGGUUUUUUUUCACGACAUAACAGAUACCAUAAAUUCUAGCCCAACACUGAUCAUCAAAAUGCCCCUUCCAUUUAAAAAUCGCAUUUUCUGUACUAAAGAUAUGCGUUUUAUUCUGAGUCCCAGAACUAAUGGCGGUUUGGAAGCGUAUAAAAUUGACUCCGGUACACAGGAAGUUUUCGAAGCUGGGGGAUUAGAGGGUACACCUAGUCUAAUUAAAGUUAGUUCGAGCGGUAAAUGGAUUAUAACUGGACCAUACGAUGGAGGAUUCACUAUUUAUUCAAUAGAGGACGAUGUGUAA